UUUCUAACAUAUUAAAUCCCCGUUUCAUUUCCUGCCUCCUCUGAUCAUCCAGGGAUCCCAUUUUUAUCCCUUAAUAAUACAGUACAUUUUAUCAAAUAUAUUUUACUUUUUCCAUUGAAUUCCUUGUUCUAGAUCCACUCAGAAGAAGAAUUUCGAUUUUUUCAAAGAAGAAAACCAGCCAUGUAUGGGUUAGAAGCUUUGACCUUCAAUAUUCACGCGGGUUAUUUGGAAGCCAUUGUUAGGGGCUAUAGAUCUGGUCUCCUCACCGCUGCUGAUUACAACAACCUGUGCCAGUGUGAAACCCUAGAUGACAUCAAGAUGCAUCUCUCUGCCACUGAAUAUGGACCUUAUUUGCAGAAUGAACCAUCCCCAUUGCACACAACUACAAUUGUGGAAAAAUGCACUCAAAAGCUGGUGGAUGAAUACAAGCACAUGCUAUGCCAAGCUACAGAGCCAUUGUCAACUUUCCUUGAGUAUGUCACAUAUGGCCAUAUGAUCGACAACGUGGUCCUUAUUGUUACUGGAACAUUGCAUGAGAGAGAUGUUCAGGAACUCCUGGAGAAAUGCCAUCCUUUGGGCAUGUUUGAUAGUAUUGCAACACUUGCUGUUGCUCAAAAUAUGCGCGAGCUUUACAGAUUGGUGCUUGUUGACACACCAUUGGCUCCAUAUUUCUCUGAAUGCAUCACAUCAGAGGAUUUGGAUGACAUGAAUAUUGAGAUAAUGAGGAAUACUCUUUACAAAGCAUAUCUUGAGGAUUUCUAUAAAUUUUGUCAGAAACUAGGAGGAGCUACUGCAGAGAUCAUGUCCGACCUCCUGGCAUUUGAGGCUGAUAGAAGGGCUGUCAAUAUUACAAUUAAUAGUAUUGGCACUGAAUUAACACGUGAUGAUCGUCGAAAGCUCUAUUCAAAUUUUGGUUUGCUGUAUCCCUAUGGCCAUGAAGAACUUGCAGUCUGUGAGGAAAUUGAGCAGGUUCGUGCUGUCAUGGAGAAGUAUCCACCAUAUCAGUCCAUCUUUUCAAAGUUGUCUUAUGGUGAGAGUCAGAUGCUUGACAAGGCAUUCUACGAGGAGGAGGUGAAAAGGCUGUGCCUUGCAUUUGAACAACAGUUUCAUUUUGGGGUGUUCUUUGCCUACAUGAGACUGAGGGAGCAAGAGAUAAGGAACCUGAUGUGGAUAUCAGAAUGUGUGGCUCAGAACCAGAAGUCCAGAGUGCAUGACAGUGUUGUUUUCAUAUUCUAGUUUUGUACUCAAUAAAAUAUGAUUUGCAUAUUUUUGAUGUUAUGCUAUUACUGUGUGAGCUUGGAGUUCAGUUCUAUUAUUAAUAAAUUGUAACUUGAAUAUACGUUCUUUCAUGUAAAAUUUUCUCUCUAUCUCAUUUAA